CGAACAAAAUACCCCUCUCUAGAGAAAUUAUAGCACAGAAAUAGAAAACCAUGAAUGUGAAAAUUGAGAGCUCAAGAAUUAUCAAGCCUUUCUAUGAAGGAACUCCACCUUCAACCAACACUCACAUUUCCUUCAAUGUCUUUGACAACGUUACCUAUGAUGCUUUAAUGGCUUUAAUUUACGCCUAUCGUCCACCUACUCCUCCAACUUCCACCAUUGAAAUGGGACUCAGAAAAACCCUAGCAGUUUAUAGGGAAUGGGCAGGUAGAAUAGGCAGAGAUGAAAAUGGCAAUCGCGUGGUUUUUCUCAACGAUGAGGGUGUUAGAUUCAUCGAGGCAUCGGUCAAUGCCACGUUAGAUGAAGUAUUGCCCUUAAAGCCCUCUCCUUCUUUGCUUAAGUUGCAUCCUGGUAUGAAGGAUGUAGUGGAGUUGAUCCAAGUUCAAGUCACAAGGUUCACUUGUGGCUCUGUGAUGGUCGGGUUCACUGGCCACCACAUGAUAGCUGACGGCCACGCGGCUAGCAACUUUUUCGUCGCGUGGGGCCAAGCUUGCCGUGGUGUAGAAAUCACUCCACUUCCUUUGCAUGAUCGUGCUAUUUUCCAUCCUCGGAACCCUCCACUUAUCGAAUUCAACCACGUGGGGGCAGAAUUCAUGUCCAAAUCAUUAAACAAGAAGGAAUUCAUCAAACUAGAGAAUACAGAAAAAAACAUAAUUGUUCACAAAGUCCAUUUCACAUUGGAGUUCCUAGGCAAACUCAAGGCAAAUGCUUCUUUCAUGAAUGGGAAAACCAAGACUUAUAGCACGUUUGAAAGUCUUGUUGCGCAUUUAUGGAGGGUCAUAACUAAGGCACGCGAACUAGACGGGUCCCAAAAUACACAAAUAAGAAUCUCAGUGGAUGGUCGCAGAAGAGUUGUACCAAGAGUAGCAGAUGAAUUUUUUGGUAACAUAGUUCUUUGGGCAUUUCCAACAUCCAAAGUGAGAGAUCUUGUAAAUGAACCACUUCACUAUGCAACAAAAAUAAUUCAUGAUGCUAUUACUAAAGUAGAUGACAAGUAUUUCAAGUCAUUUAUUGACUUUGCAAAUCAUAAAGUAACAGAAGAUCUCAUCCCAACAGCAGACAUGAAGAAGGAUACACUUUGUCCUAAUUUGGAAGUUGAUAGUUGGUUAAGGUUUCCAUUCUAUGACUUGGAUUUUGGAACAGGUUGCCCUUUUGUUUUCAUGCCUUCUUAUUAUCCAACUGAAGGUAUGAUGUUUCUUGUGCCAUCUUUCAUUGGAGAUGGAAGUAUUGAUGCUUUCAUUCCUCUUUACCAAGACAAUUCGCCUACCUUCAAGAAAAUUUGCUAUUCUCUUGAUUUGAAAGCAAAAUGAAAGGAGCUAGAAGGUUAAAAAUGAAAUAAGUUUGUGUUAUAUUGUGUUAGCUUAUUAGCACUUUGGUUAUAAUUUUUUCUCCCGAAAGUUUUGGAUUUUGUAGAUUGUAAUGUUGAUGAUAAUUAAAUCUUGGAGAAGAAAUUUUAGUGUAAGUUGGCCUUUUCUGAUUUUAAGUGAUGUAGGAAUGCAUGUGUGUUUUUGUAUUUUUAA